UAUCAACUUUGGUUUGUUCAAUUCAGUUGUCAUUUAGCUCCAGUUGAGCUUCAGGUUAAACUUUUUUUUUCUUUAAAAUGAGUAUUAUAACUGGGAAUUGGAAAUUGGACUUGUUGAUAGGAAUAAUCACAUUGAUUUAUUUCUACCUCAAACGAACGUAUUCAUAUUGGGAACGUAGAGGUUUUGCAUCACUGCCAGGAGCCAGUCUUCUGUUUGGCCACUUCAGAGCAACAUUUGCACAGAAAGAGUCGGUUGGACAUUUCUUCAAUAGAGUAUACCGCGGCACAAACGAACCAUUUUUGGGAGUGUAUGGAUUUCUGAAGCCAAUGCUACUAAUAAAAGAUCCCGAACUCGUUCGUACAGUUUUAAUAAAAGAUUUCGCACACUUUCCCGAUCGUGGUGUUCAUUGCAACGAAGAAUAUGAUCCUCUAUCGGCUCAUUUGUUUGCUUUAUCUGGUCAACGUUGGAAGGAAUUGCGAGUCAAAUUGUCGCCUACAUUCACUUCAGGCAAACUUAAAGCGAUGUUUCCAACUUUACUCGAGUGUGGUGCGACCUUGCAAAAUUAUUUGGAAAAAGUGGUGGAAAAAGAUGAAUUGCUUGAUGUUUGUGAGAUUUCCGCAAGACAUUCCACGAAUGUUAUCGCUUCGGUGGCAUUCGGUAUUGAUGUUGAUACGAUCAGUGAACCGAAUCAUGAAUUCCGUGAAAAUGGACGUAGAAUUUUUGCCGCAAGUUUUUGGAAUGCAAUUCGAUUUUUCUUAAAAUUUAUCUCGCCGAAUUUGAUGAGCCUUCUUCGAAUUAAAUCGGUUGACAAUGAAGUCGAAGAUUUCAUAAAAGCAAUUGUCAAAUCAUCGAUUGAAUGUCGUGAAAAAAAUAAUGUGGUUCGCAAAGAUUUCUUCCAGCUGUUGAUACAAUUGCGUAACAGUGGCUCAGUGAAAUCAGACGAUGAAUGGGAUACGGUGAUUAAAGCUGAUGAAAACCAAAAAACGUUGACUCUGAAUGAGAUUUUGGCACAAACGUUUGUCUUCUUCGCAGCUGGCUUUGAAACAUCAUCGACAACACUUUCGUAUUGUUUGUAUGAAUUGGCAAAGAAUCCCGACAUUCAGGAACGAGUGCGUGAUGAAAUUUACCGAGUAUUAGAAGAACACGAUUCUAAAUUAUCAUAUGAAUCCGUUUCGGACAUGAAGUACUUGGAGAAAUGUAUAGACGAAACUCUGCGAAAGUAUCCGGUGUUGCCGUUUUUGAAUCGCACAUGUGUGAAAGAGUGGUUGAUUCCCGGAACGGAUAAAGUAAUUGAAAAAGGUACUGAAGUCUUCAUUUCAGCGUUAGGGCUACAAAGAGAUUCCAAGUUUUACCAAGAGCCAGAUCGAUUCAAUCCGGAUCGUUUGAAUGAAGAGAGCGGUAAAAAUCUGGUGAACAAACCGAUGUUGACUUUUGGCGAUGGGCCCCGUAAUUGUAUCGGCAUGAGAUUAGGCAAAAUGCAAACCAAAGUUGGCCUUGUACUUAUGUUACAAAAAUUCAAAUACGAU